UAUUCUGAUAACUACUUUGACAUAUGCGUGGUCAUCGAAAAUAUGGACCCUGACAAUAUUAGAGAUUAUGUUUUUCGAGAUAAUAACCAUGGCCUGCCGAUAAUGUAAAUCGAUAUACGAUAUUUUACACGAUGAUUAAAGAUAUAAACAUUGUUUACCUUUACUUGCACAUUCCUAUUUAAUCAGCCGCGUAUAUUUAUAAAUUUGAAAUGCGAAGAGAAGUAAAAAAACUAUUUUUGCAAGCUUGUAUGAACCACGGCAGCUUAAGCCUGGAACAAAUUAGUGAAAUACUUGAGCCAAUUUCUCAAUCAUAUGAUGAUGCUGCUAUAUUGGGCGAUGUGAAAAACUUGGUCAAAGAAAUAAACAGUGAUUUAAAAGAAUGUAAUCAAGAAUUAAAAUUCGUAAAACAUCCAUUGCUUGGAAAGGAGUAUUUGGUAUUUGGUCUAACGUUUGAAACACCCGCGAGUAAGCUUCAGCACCAUUAUCGUGAAGCUGAUCAGUUGUAUUUCGCAAAGCUUGUAGAGACUAUGGCUGUUCAAGAAGACUACGGUAUUUCGUGGGUUGAUAUGUAUAAUCUGCCGAACCUUCCUCAAACUGUCAAAAAGGAUUUAACGAAAAGGCGCGUUCAAGAUUUGAUAACAAAAUGGACACAGCAAGGUUACUUUCUGGAAAAAGAUGACAAAUUAUUUUUCGGGCCACGGAUGUUAGUUGAAUAUGCGAGCCAUUUGAAAACACAUUUUUCUGAUUACAUCAAAGAUUGUCCGCUUUGUAAGAAUGUAGUUUUAUGGGACAUAAAAUGUGAUCGGUGUGAAAUUAAAGUUCACAAGGAAUGCAUACGAACAUUUUUAAAACGAAAAUCGAAUUGCCCAUCCUGUAAGCAAGUUUGGACGACACCAUUAAACUAAGUUUCCACUAUUCGUUUACAAUCACAUGUUCUUACUAAUUAAUUAAAAUAAAUAAGAAAAUAUCCAUUGGUUUAUUAUUGAUAAAAUUGGUAUAACUUUAUUGUGGCUAUCUACCCCAAGUAGCAAUUUACUUCUUGGUUGUUGUAGUGGUUAUUUAGUACCGGAGUUCAUCUAACGAUAGGCCCAGAAAACGUACUGUUUCAUUGAUGGUGGACCAUAGGGAGAGUCGUGUUCGAUGAUUUGCAACGCAUUUCAUUGUACGAUGGCAAUCGCAAUUUUUUCUUUACUUUUACUUGAUAUUAUUAACGCGUAUUCCAGAAAAUAUUUCAAUGAAUGAAUAUCUUGCUUCUGUAAGAUUUUU